AUGCGUCGGAGCGUCAUUCUUGCUGCGCUCGGGAACUCGCCCUCACCCACACCGGGCGACGGCAAAGAUGCGACGACGCCACUGAAGGGCAAGAGCUCCCCCUACUCGCGACCAUCACCACUGGCAGACGUCUCGCGAAACGCCAAUGCUGCAGGCUUUGGUCCGCUGCUAGGGAGGAAACCAUUCAAAACACCCUCAUUUGCGAACCAACGUGAGAAAGACAAUCCCGAUGGCGGCAGGAAGCGCAAGAAGGUCGACUACCGGGGGAUGGACUCGGGCGGUGGUGGUGACGACGGCGACGCAGGUGCAGCCUCAGGCUCAGACGACGACAGCAACUCCAAAGGCGGUAAAGCAGGCACGAAGAAGAAGAGCAAAGCGGGCGCGAUGAAGACGUUGGAGGGUGUCUACAAGGGCAUCGACGCCUCUGGUGUCUCGCUCAACGUGGACCGACGCAAAUGGAACGUAUUCGAGAUCAAGCCCAAUGCCAUCAAGAAGGGCUUUUCGGUUCCGGUCAUGACCAACAAGCAAGGACAAGUGGUCGAGACCAGGCUAUCGUACGCAGCGCUGGGAACGCGGAGACAGAUCGACAUUCCGCCACGCCCGCUUCACGACCCCAUGGGCGAACACGCUAUCGUUCUGUUCGACCCUACGGUCGACGACCGCGAAGCCGAGCGUCGAAAGGCUGAGAUACAGCAAGAGCAGGCAGCAGAGGAAGCACGCAUCGAGGCCGGUGCAGCAGCGCAGACGCCUCACAAGAGCCUAGCUGAUAUUCUCGGUCUCAACAAAGCCAAGUCCAAGGAGAUCGAAAAGGUGCCUGUCGUCAUCGACCCGCGACUCAGCAAGGUGCUCCGUCCACACCAGGUCGAAGGCGUCAAAUUCUUGUAUCGGUGCACCACCGGCCUCGUCGUCGAGAAUGCAUACGGCUGCAUCAUGGCCGACGAGAUGGGUCUCGGUAAGACGCUCCAGUGCAUCGCGCUCAUGUGGACGUUGCUCAAGCAGUCGCCAACUGCCAACAAGUCGACCAUCGACAAGUGUAUCAUCGUCUGCCCUUCGUCGCUCGUCAGGAAUUGGGCCAAUGAGCUGGUCAAGUGGCUUGGUGCUGCGGCGCCUGGCAAUCUGGCGCUGGACGGCAAGCUGAGCAAGGACGAGAUGAUUGAAGCGACGCGUCGUUGGUGCAACGCAAAGGGUCGAGGCAUCACGCAGCCGGUCAUGAUUGUCUCCUACGAGACGCUGCGAAACUUGCAGGAGGAGCUGGGCAACACCGAGGUGGGCCUGUUGCUUUGCGACGAAGGUCACCGUCUGAAGAACGCCGACUCGCUCACGUUCCAGGCUCUCACGCAAAUCAAGGUCCGUCGUCGCGUCAUUCUGUCUGGCACACCCAUCCAGAACGAUCUCUCCGAGUACUUUGCGCUGCUCAACUUUGCCAAUCCGGAACUGCUCGGCAGCCGCGUCGAGUUCCGCAAGAACUUCGAGAUUGCCAUUCUCAAGGGCCGAGACGCCGAAGCGACCGACAAGCAGCAGCAAGAGGCGAACGAGAAGCUCAGCCAGCUCUCUGCGUUGGUGAGCCGCUUCAUCAUUCGAAGGACAAAUGAUCUGCUCUCCAAGUAUCUGCCGGUCAAAUACGAGCAUGUGGUGUUCUGUAAGAUGUCUACAUUCCAGCUCAACCUCUACCGCUUGUUCAUCCGGUCGCCCGAGAUCAAGAAGCUGCUUCGCGGUACAGGCAGUCAGCCGCUGAAAGCGAUUGGCAUCCUUAAGAAGCUCUGCAACCAUCCGGACCUGCUCGACUUGCCGGGCGACCUUGAAGGCAGCGAAGAAUUCUUCCCCGAAGGCUACACGCCACGCGAUCGACGCCAUGUCCAGCCGGAACUGUCAGGCAAGAUGAUGGUACUGCAACGUUUCCUCGAGACGAUUCGCGCCACGACCAACGACAAGAUCGUGCUCAUCUCGAACUACACGCAGACGCUCGAUGUAUUCGAGCGCAUGUGCCGCGCCAAUCGAUGGGGCAUGUUCCGUCUGGACGGUACGAUGACGAUCAACAAACGUCAGAAGCUGGUCGACAAGUUCAACGAUCCCGAGGGCAAAGAGUUCAUCUUCUUGCUUUCGUCCAAGGCGGGAGGGUGCGGCCUCAACCUGAUCGGCGCCAACCGUCUGGUGCUCUUUGAUCCCGACUGGAACCCGGCUUCAGACCAGCAAGCACUGGCGCGAGUGUGGCGAGACGGACAGAAAAAGUCAUGCUUCGUCUACCGCUUCAUUGCGACGGGAUCGAUCGAGGAAAAGAUCCUGCAGCGACAGUCGCACAAGCAGUCGCUCUCGUCCUGUGUCGUGGAUGAAGCACAGGAUGCAGCACGCCAUUUUUCAGGCGAGGACCUGCGUGCGCUGUUCACGUUCAAAGAGGAGACGGCGUGCGAUACGCACGACACGUACAAGUGCAAACGAUGCAAGACCGGCAAGCAGUUCAUCAAGGCGCCGGCGUUGCUGUAUGGCGACACGAGCACGUGGAACCACUACGGCAAGGACGAGAUGCACAAUCUGCACGACGACCUGCUGCGGGCGGAGCAAGCGUACGACGAUGUGAGCUUUGUCUUCCAGUAUUGCAGUCAUUAG